AUGUUCACCGAAAACAUCGCCGCAGUCCUCGAAUCGCCCGGAAGAGCCCUAAAACCCCUUCCCCCCAGACCCAUCCCAACCCCCAGCGAAGGCGAAAUCCUAAUCCGCAACCAUGCCAUCGCCGCAAACCCCGCGGACUGGAAAAUCCGCGACUUUGGCGGCAUAAUUGACGUCUACCCAACGGUCUUGGGCAGUGAUGUAUGCGGCACAAUCACCGCCGUAGGUCCCAAGGGGACAAAGUUCAAAGUGGGAGAUCGUAUCGCCGGAUUCGCGCUUAAGUUGCGACUAUGGGAAUACCGGAUUUUGUCUCGUUUUGAGGAUGGGGCUACGUUUCUGAUGGCUUUUGCGACUGCGGCUGUUGCUUAUUUUGAGAGGAUGGGGAUUCUGCGUCCUGUUGUUGUAGGUCGGGAGGAGGUGUCUCAACAAGGGCCAGGGAUGUUGGUCUGGGGCGCAUCGUCGUCUACAGGCACGGCGACUGUGCAGUUGGCUACGAAUCUAGGGUUCAAGGUCUUUGCGACUGCCAGUCCUCAGAAUCAUGACUAUGUAAAGUCUCUGGGUGCGUAUGCGGUGGUUGACUAUCGCGAUCCGGAUGUGGUCUCGAAACUGAUCAGACUCGCAAAGGAGGCAAAUACGCCUCUUCAACACGGAUUUGAUUUUAUUUCCGAGGGGAAAAGUUCGAUCCUUUCUGCGAAGACUUUAUUGCAGUCUGGCGGACAAGGAAAUAACAAAUUAGUCCUAUCGGGACCCUGGCCGACGAGUCAUGAGAAACCAGAUGGGGUUGAUAUUUCCAUGACGAUAGCGGCGUUCGCCUUCGUAGAUCAUGUUGACAUGGGUAGCUGGAUGUUUAAUGAAUAUCUGCCCCAGGCUGUUGAAGAAAAAAGGAUAGUCCCAGCGCCAAAAGUGGUGAUUGUGGAUGGUGGUGUAGCAGCAGCGCAGAAGGCGUUGGGGACUGUCAAGGCUGGUGUUAGUGCAACGAAGAUUGUUGUCAAAGUUGAUUGA